GAAACUACGGCUUCGGCUCCGUUCUCUCGUCUGAAGCCCAAAGACACGUACGCAAAGCUCGGGUAAUAUUUUCAAAACAACCGCGGGGCCAAGCUAGCCUGAGCCAAUUAUACUGGAGCCGACGCCGUGGUUUCGAAAAGGGCCUGUUUAGGCUUACUACACAUAAUUAUAAACACAUCCAUCAUUCUGUCAUUGAAUUGAUGGGGCGUUGAUGGGGCAGACGAUGUUUUUUGUACAGAGGUUUUCAUAGAAUAACACCAAAACGAGCAAGCACAUUUUCGAGUUAUUGUGCUCUCCUCAUUGUGCAACGGAAGUAUUUUGAAUCCAAUUGUCAUCAUGGAGGAGGCAGCCAAAGCCAAGAUUGAUGCAUCAGCAGAAGACUUAAACGCCAUCAGUCAGGACAUCUGGACACACCCUGAGCUCAACUUCAACGAGCACCACGCCCAUGAGGUACUUACAGACUUCUUGGAGAAAGAAGGCUUCAAAGUUGAACGCAAGUUUGUGCUAGAAACAGCAUUCAGGGCGACAUUUGGUUGUGAUGACGCAGGACCUAAUGUGUGUGUGAUCUGUGAGUAUGAUGCACUGCCUGGGAUCGGCCAUGCUUGUGGUCAUAACCUUAUUGCAGAGUGUGGAGUCGCUGCUGGGUUGGCCAUCAAAGCAGCAUUGGAGGCAAACGGAAAUAAAUAUGGAAAGGUAACAGUGCUCGGAACUCCAGCAGAGGAAGGUGGUGGGGGCAAGAAGUACUUGAUCAAGGCCAACGUCUUUGAUGACAUCGCUGUAGCUAUGAUGGCUCACCCCUACAGAUACAAUGUGCCACGCCCAAUAGCGUUGUCAGUCAUCGCACUGAAAAUCAAGUUUCAUGGCAAAGCAUCUCAUGCUGCAGCUUCCCCCUGGGAUGGUAACAAUGCUUUGGACGCAGCCGUUAUGUGCUAUCAGGCAAUCUCUAACAUGAGGCAACAGAUUAAACCAGACUGCAGAAUCCAUGGGAUUUUCACGAAUGGCGGUGCCGCCCCAAAUAUAAUUCCGGAGGAAGCUGAAUUAACAUAUAAUUUACGAGCUCUGAAUGAGGGGGAACUUGCUAUUGUGAAGCGUAAGGUUCUAGCAUGUGCAGAGGGUGCUGCUGUGGCCUCAGAAUGCAAGGUGCAGUAUGAAACAACCUUUGCGUAUGCCAACCUAGUGUCCAAUGAUGGUCUUGCAUCCAUUUAUGAAGAUUGGGCAUCCUCUCUGAGUGUCCAGAUAAACACAGAUGAGAAAUUAAGGAGAGGGGGAUCAACUGAUAUGGGAAAUGUUUCCUAUGUUGUGCCAAGUAUUCAACCUAAAUUUGCUGUCGGACAAGGGGAUGGGUCUAUUCAUACUAGAUCUUUCACAGUCUUUGCAGGUGCUCCCGAGGCUCAGGGCCCGACGUUGAUUCAAGCCAAGGCUCUAGCACUGACUGCUAUCGAGCUUCUCCAACCGGAUGGACAAGACAAACUCAAGAAAAUCCAGCAGGAAUUCAAAGACUCCAUCAGCAAGUUGACUGUCCCGGAAUAAAUUUGGAGCUUGACUGUGUUCCUUAGAUAGGAGUCAAACAAUGGCUCAUGAUUCAAGAUAGUAUGAUAACUAUCUCAUCCGGGUCCUUUGGACGAGACGUAAAAAUAGGUCCCGUGUUGUGAGUGAUGCACGCUAAAGAACUCACCACAGAUUUACCGGUACUUUUCAGUAAAGGACGUGUAAUGUUAUUAUCUUGUCCAUAUGCCAUCUAUAAGUUUGUGUUAUGGAUAUAUAAUUAAAAACAACUAAAAAUAUACCUGCUCUGAUCUCCUUUGAAGCAGCCACAAUUGGCAACCAUUGCAUUUUUAAGCAAUAAUGGAGAUAUUGUUGAAAUCCAUGACUGUGGAGUGAUGCUUUAAUUACCAUUAACUGUAUAAACCAC